AUGGCUAAUAUUUCACUGUAUCAUCAACUCAGCAGGUUUCUAUGUUCCGCAAUCAACAUCAUCAGCUGCAUCUACCUCGUUCUAUACAUCCUCUCCCUCCGCUAUUACCACAACCUUAGCUAUCGCGAUCCCACGUCCUUCUUCUUCGACCCCGACCGUGCCUACGCAAGACAGUACUCUACCAAGCGAAUUGCCGAAGCCGAAGCACCACACGAAGCGCAACCAACAGUAUGCGUAGGCAUCGUGACAAUCCGUCGGCGGGGCGACCAAUACGUCGGAUUGACAGUGGCAUCACUCCUAGACGGCCUCAGCGACUCCGAGAGAACUCAGAUCCUCUUGUACCUCCGCGUGGGCAACACCGACGCGACAGAGCACCCGAUCUUCGCAGAGAAAUGGGUGGAAACGCUCCCCGACCAAUGGGAGGCCGGCGGCUGGUAUCGGAACAGAUCCAUCUACGAUUUCACAGCGUUGAUGCAGAGCUGCUACGAGACCGGCGCCGAAUACAUCGCCAUGAUCGAAGACGACACCCUGGCCGUCAAGGGCUGGUUCCCGGCUGCGUUGCAAGCGCUCGGCACCGUUCAGGAACGGGCCGCCCGUCGAGGGCAGGAGUGGUUGUACCUUCGACUGUUCUACGUUGAUGGCCUGCUGGGCUGGAAUGCCGAGGAAUGGCUGCAUUACCUCGCUUGGUCAUUCAUAGUCUGGGCGGUGCUUACAGGGAUAAUGGUCGUCUCUAAGAAACGAGUGUUCAAGACGCAGCUCUGGCGUCUACCGGCUUGUGCGAUCUGGUUAGCCUCCUGCGUCCUCAUACCCGCUGCCAUUGCCCUGCAUUUCAUGGCUGGCAGGCAGACCAUGUGGCCCAUCUCCGCCGGCGUGCAUGAGAUGAACAAGUACGGUUGUUGCUCGCAGGGCCUGGUUUUUCCUCGAUCGAUCGUCCCGCGCUUCUUGGAGCAGACAGAUUUGACGACCGACUGGCUGGUUGAUAUGAUGAUUGAGACUAUUGCGGACCGCCAGCACUGGACGCGCUGGGCCGUAGUGCCGCCGUUGCUGCAGCAUAUCGGCGCGACGAGCUCGAAGGGGUAUGGGUUUGACAACUCUGCGAAGACGAUAUGGAAUUUCCGGUUUGAGGAGUAUGAUAGAUAG